AUGGCUGCAGUGGUUCGUUCUGGCGAAUUGGUGCCGCAAAAAAUUCCGACACUCAGCGAAGACAUCUAUGCCGCUAUCAUCGCCCUCCUCGACACCCAAUCGUCUAUCUCCGCUUCUAUGCAAGCGUCCCGAAUGCUGUACAGCCUCGGCAUGGGCCCCCUGCUGAGGAUGGGGGUCUCAAUCCGCACACACAAGCAUCUCCUCUCCUUCUGCCAUUUCAUGCGGCGCAAUCUCCCUGGCUGCGCCCAGUACCUGACGAAGCUUUCUAUCUGCAUCCCCCGAUACAGCUUCGCCGAUGCCGGCGGGUCAGUCAACGUUCUGGAAACCUUCAAGCUCUGCCCUCUCCUGGUGCCCAUCGUCAGCCAACUCACCCAUCUGGAUGACCUAUCUAUCGACUACUGCGAAAAACUCCUCCACGCCGACGAGCGUCUCCUAGACACUCUCUCCGCCCUCAAGACCGUGCGAACGUUGCGCGUCACCACAUUCGGCUAUCUGACCCACGAGCUCGUGAACACCAUCCAGUCUCCCCUUGUGAGCGUUCAUGUCGAUGGCGUGUGGCCACUGGUAGGAGGUAUCGUCACCACCGGCUCUCAACUAUUUCCCAAUCCGUUGGAGAUGCUCGAUCGACACCAAGCCACCCUCGAGAAGGUCUUCAUACGUUUCUGUGAUCUGACGGCGGAGGUCGUCCGACUAAGCCCCAUAACCAGCGUCUUCCCUCGCGUCUCCGCACUGGCGCUCAUGGACUGCCGCGUGGACGAACGGUCCGUGCUCGUCAACGCCUUUCCGAACCUGCGCUACCUCGAAGUCACGGUUACGUGCAAGCGGGAGGACAUCGAGAGCGAGGACGCCCCGCUACCGCACAUCGACGACGCGUACGACCUGAACCGCGCCAACCUGCGCUGCUGGCCCCAUCUAGACCACGUGUACGGGGACCCCGACGAGCUGUACGCGCUCGGCCUGCACUGUACUGUCACGCGGCUCGACUUUAUGUGCGUCCUGUACGAGGACCCAGUCCUCAAUCUGCGGACUGUCGUUGUGGACGUGCGCCCGUCACGAGUCAUCGUACAUUGCGGGCUACCCGGAAACCUCAAAGACGACGAUAUCAAUGACCUCGAUCUCACAUGUCUGGUCGGUUAUGAACCCAACCACACUGUCACCCAUCUCGGAGUCGACCUGGGGCUCGGGAGCCUCUCCUAUGAUCCCAUCCUCUACCAGAAAGCGAUAGUGAGCAUGCUCAAGCCCCUCAAGGUUGUCCGGUUCUUCACGUUCCGCGUGCACGCCGUCGCCCUCGAGUACGAGGACGAGCACCACGAGCCGCCGAGUGCCGCACACCUCGAGAUCCUCUCCAAGUUCCACGGCAAGUUCCUCGCAUUCUGGGUGGCGCGCCUCGCAGAGGCGAUCCCGACGCUGGAGUACGUGUGCUUCCGGGUGUGGAACAAGGAGGCGUACUGGCGCGUCUCGCGCGAACGGGGUGGCACGCCGCAGUACACGCGGCUCGGAUUGGAUGCGGGCCACGCGCUUGUGGAGGCGGAGGGGAUGCAGUGGCACGGUGGUGCGAAGCCUGAGCUGUUGCUCGCGGUAUCAGACGUUGCCGUCGAAGCCAGCUGA